AUGGAAGAGAUACGAAAUAAUUUUGAAAUAAAAAUUGAAAAAUUAAAAAAAAAACAUAGUAAUGCUAAUAAAAAUCGACAAAAUGAAAUAGAUAAAUACAUUAAGAAACUAAAUGACCAUAUCAAAGUAGAAUUCAAUGAGAACAAGAUUAAUGAUGAUAAAUUCAUUCAAAAUAUUGUGGCUAAUAAAAUGGAAGAGAUACAAUAUAAUUUUGAAAUAAAAAUUGAAAUUUUAAAAAAAAGACAUUAUGAUACUAGAUUUAUGAGAAUAGCAGGUUUUAGACAAGCUGAAGAUGAAUUUAAACUAGCUAAAAAAACUGAAGAUGAAUUUAAACAAGCUGAAGAUAAAUAUCUGAAAAUUCUAAAUUGUUUAUUUAAAGUUGCUUGCGCAUCUGAUGAUUAUGUAGGAAAUAAUCUUACUAAAAGUCAAGCUUACUUGGUGGUUUUGGCUGCAAACAAAAUAUUAACGACAAAGGAUGAAGUUUUAGAAAGAGAUGAUGAAAAGGAAAAAGAAAAACUUCAAAAAUCCUUGAAAUUAAUUGAAGUAAUUCGCAAAAAUAAUGAAAAACGUGAAACAAAAUCAUCUAAAAAUGAAUACGAUUUUCUGAAAGAAAUUUUGGAUUUUUUAAAUCGAGAAAAAUUUAAAGAAAAAUUUAGUUUAAUUAGAAGUUCCGGGAGUAAAAAUAUACUCAUUCAAAAUGAAAGCGAACAUUGCUUUAACUAUAUUUUAGAUGAAAAUGAUUAUUACGGCCAAUUUUCUUUUCAAAAGUUUCGUUGCCGUCAUUCUUUCGAUCAUUCAUCUCAAAUACCUUUAUUUGAUUAUAUAAAAGAUCGAAUGUUUGUUGUAUCUCUGCCGCGUGGUUUAAUCAAUGGAGGUCCAGUUGGAAUAUAUAUUCAGUGGGAUUAUAAAGAAUCGCGCAAAGAAAAAUCACACACAAACGUCAAGGAUUCAUAUAUUGGGAAACUAGAAUAUAAGCGUGAUGAUGACAGUAAUUUACAAAAUUAA